GAGCCUAUAACAGUUGUCACUCACUAUGACUUACUUCCGGAACAGGAGCGCGAAACCGUCCGUAGAGAAGCGUCAGAAGCUACGGGUAGUUCCCUUUCUUACACACUCUUCAUUUGGAACUACACUAAAGAAAACAGGGAUCGUAACACUGAGAAAGAGCGCAUGGCACUAGAAAUUCUGCAACGUGCAGUAGAGGAAUCCGAAAGGGCAGUAAUAAGAGUCAUGGAAGAAACAGUACCACAAGAGAUUCUUGAACGAGGACUUUUGGCUUUGGAAGCUUACAAUAAAGCUCGUAGCGAGGGAACUACGGUGGUUAAGAGGGUGCCCAUAAUGUUGAUUGGACAAUACUGCUCAGGAAAGACCAGCUUAAAGAAGUCACUCAAAGGCCAGUGUUUCCAUCAAAACGAAGAAGGCACGUCAGGAAUAGAUGCUGACCCUUCAUUCUUUAAAGUGUCUCACGAGCUUUGGAAGGUUGGGGAGAAAGACCAAGAUGCCAGUCCCAAUUCAGCAUUACUAUUGAAUCGCCACCUUGCUAAAUGCACAGUUGAACAUUUGAGUUUGAAGAAAAUACUUGAGGUUGGUUCAGCCGGAGCUGUCGCUCCCGAAGACUCAGACUCAAAAGACGUCAGUCAAUACUUAGCUCCUGAAUCUUCAUUUAUGGGUGUGACUGAAAGAGAAACCCUUUGUUGUGAGGAGUUACCAAUGAUGCCAGAAAUCCCUGAUGGAACGUCAGAUUCGUUAGCACACAUCAAGACUGGACCCGAAAUCGAAAAUGAUCGGGAAUCAAAAGAACGUUUAGGCAACGUAGCAGAAAUUUUGCUGCAAAAGAUAAUUCCCAACGAGGAAGACGUAUAUUCCAUGAUGUGGGACUUUGCUGGGGAGUCAGUCUACUACACCAUACAUCCAAUAUUUUUAACUCCAAAAGCGAUCUACUUAUUGGUUCACGACCUCAGCCAAGAUGCACAUGCACCCGCCAAACCAGUCCGUUGCCCAGGAAGGUACAAAAACUACACAGACAGCCACUGUUUGAAACAAAAUGUCGAUUACCUCUAUUUUUGGAUGUCUCUUGUUGCUUCCUUAGCCAACCACUGUGAUAGUGACCCCUCAAACACAACAUCAAAAACAUUGCCGGAAAGUCUCCCCCCUGUGUUCUUAGUGUGCACCCAUGCAGACGAGCCCUUUGAUCACACCGAUGCUAAAACGCUUGCCCGAAGUGUUUAUGGUUCUUUAAUGGACAAGCCAAGCCGAACGCACUUGUGCAAAGAUUUCUUUUUCGUAGACAAUACUAAAUCUGGCAAAGAGCUUGAAUGUUCAGAAGUUGUUCGCUUACGUAAGGUGGUACUUGCAGCUUGUAACGAAUUACAGAAGAAGAGAGAAGCCAUACCAAUCAAGUGGUUAGAAUUUGAAAAUGCCAUUCAGGAGAAAAAAGAAAAUGGCUUUAAAUACAUUCUCCUUGAGGAGGCCAUAGGGAUGGCUGAAGAGUGUGACAUUUCUGGCGAUAAGCAGUUUCAGACAUUAAUGAACUUUUUGCAUGACCAGAGAGUUUUGAUUCACUUUACUGAAACCCCUGAGCUGGACAAAUUGGUGGUCCUGGACUGUCAAUGGUUGAUCGAUGUGUUCAUGAGAGCGAUAACAGUCACGCCCUAUGAAGGUGAAGACAACGAAUUUGCAGGCCUUUGGAAAACGUUUGAGGAGGAAGGAAUCUUAAAGGAAGACCUCCUAAAACAUGUCUGGUCCCCAUUCCUCAAGGACAAAAUAACCUACGGAAGUCUUGUUGCAAUUAUGGAGAAGUUCAGUUUGCUUUGCUCUUUGCCCCUGUCUAAUCCUUCCGAUGCAAAGGAGUACUUGGUGCCAUCAAUGUUGAUGUCUCUUUCCUUAGAUGAUGUUAAAAACUUGGUGGAUUCCUCAAGAAUACCAUCCCUUUUCAUCAAAUUCAAAUCUGGACAGGUUCCCCCAGGCUUAUUUCACCGACUGAUGCUCCAGUUCCUUCAGCGGAGCCAAGGAAAACAAUCAAGCGAAUUACGCCCUUGCCUGUCCCAAUAUUUUUCCAGAUUUUACCCCGAUGAAAAGAAAAACUUUUCCGUCAUCCUUCUUCGUCAUUCCUCUUCUAUUGAAGUUGUUUUUCACUCGGGUGAGCAACCUGACGUUAAGUGUGUUCAGAAAGUACGUAGGAAACUUGAAUUGGUUCUGGAGUCCAUGCGUAAUGAGUUCCGCUGGCUCAAGGGUAUGAGAUAUGAAGUAGCUUUCAUCUGCCCAGUCUGUUGUCAAAGAGGAGCCGUCGUUAGCCAAUGCCGCACUCAUAAGAUUCAAAGCUGCAAGCAAGAAGAAUGUCUGCACUUCUGGUUUGAGUCUGAAAUUAAUGAAGAAAGUAACUGCAGAAAGAAUGCCACUGCAAAAGACUCUAGAGUUCGAAUCGAGAAAUUUGCCCCGUGGACUGCCCCACGAGAAAUCCAAGUAACUAACGACAGACAUGCUGAGACCCACGCAGCUUGUGAGAAAGAAAUUCCAGCGGUUGAAUACUUCCUUUCGGAAUGUGCAUGUGAUGCCACACCUGAUGAUUUCUUUCUCAAACUGACAACUAUUCUGGAGCUGGACCAAGCCUCACUUAAAGAUCCAAAUUCUGCAACUAGGACAGUUAUCCGUACCCUGGCAAGAAGAGCCAAAGACUUAGAAAGAGUUGAUGUCUUUAAGCAUUUGAGAAACGUUGUGCCCGCUGGGGUUAUUGGUCCCACUUUGGCAGAACAUAUCGAUGUUAGUGACAUUCCUUUGGAUCAAAGACGUCGUCUUACUAUGAAUUUGAGCAGCGGUGAAGAGUGGAAGAUGGUAGCAGAGGAGCUGGGCUUAAAGCCAUUUGAGAUCCAGUUCCUUGACAAACGUCAUAAGGACCCGUUUGAGGCAGUUUUGAGUUUCGUUUCCCAACAGGGGCCAUUAAGUGUAGGUAGCCUGUACGACCUACUUAACAAACUUGGAUAUCCUUUGAUGGCUGACGUACUGUAAAUAGGGUGGAAUUAGAUUUAUAUCUAACUACACUAAUGAACUCACCGUAGGUAAUCAACUAUUUCUACAUUAUAUACUUUAGUUCGUAACUAAGUGCAGCCAUUAAGUUAUACGUCAACUAAACUGUAAGAUGAAAAGUACCCUGAUACGGAGGGGUAUUACAAUUAAUUUCGCACUAUUCUAGAGUCAGAAACCUCAAGCUGACCAAAACUCAGGCAAGAAAAACGAAAAAUGAAAUGAAGAAAAUGAAGAGAUAAAGCAGCCACCGAAAUCCCAAAAAGUUUGAUUUUGUAGAAAUACUUAAUCAUUUUUUACGCAAAGGCUAUUAGUUAUCAGCUAAGUAAGAACUUUGGAUGCUUCCUAAUUACCUAAUGAAUAGCUAAAACGACGUUCAGAGGAUGUUUGUACAUCAAAUUUACUGAUUCUUUUUAAAAAGUUUGUUUGAAUGGACAAAACUUAAAUAAAAGUUACAUGAAGCUAAC